AGCCGCCGUUCAGGGAUUAAACUGUCAAAGCGACAAAAAACAUCAAGUGCAACACAGCAAGUAUGCCAAAUAAUUCCCGUUCCUCACCCCAGACAACAGUACAUACUCUCUAAAACCGUCAAGGAUCUUCACGGUCAGCUUGUUUAGUUGUUUCUGAGUUUGUGAAUAUCGUUGAAUUAGCGCGCGCAGGUCGUAGAGGCCCAGUGUGUGACUGUGUUUGGCUAUGAUGGAUUCGUGGGUGAGAUUCAGCGCGCAGAGUCAAGCCAAAGAGCGCGUGUUCAGGGCUGCUCAGUACGCCUGCACACUGCUGGGAUACACACUGCAGAGGGGAGGAGCAAGAGCAGAACUGCUGAACACCAUCAAACAGCUGGAAGCUCACAUGAGCCUCACCAGAAAAUUGAUGCGGUUGGGAAACUCAGCUGAAGCUCUGGAAGCCGCCAAACGCACUGUUCAUCUUUCAGACUGUGUGCUGCGUCUCUGCAUCACAGUGGCUCAUUUGAACAGAGCCAUGUAUUUUGCCUGUGAUAAUGUACUGUGGGCCGGAAAAACUGGACUGCUGCCUGAACUGGACCAAAACAAAUGGAGCCAGAGAUCAUUUAGAUACUAUUUGUUCGCACUCAUCCUCAACCUAACACGAGAUGCAUAUGAAAUCCGUCUCCUGAUGGAGAGAGAGUCACGCGGCGGUUCAGCGAAAAGCUUUACCUCCAGUCCGUCUCCCCUCACGCCGACCCCAGAAAACGGAGAGUUCCCUUCAAUCGUGUCUCCUUCCUCAGGGCUGUCUCCACUGCCACCGAUCCCUGUCCUAUCUGCCAGACUCAACAAACAGGUCCAUUUGCUGAUCACAGUCCUGCGCAACAACCCUCCACUGCUCCUGGACCUUCUGAAGAACAUGUGCGACAUCUUCAUCCCGCUCGAUAGGCUGGGUCUGUACCAAACUGGGUCAGGGUUUGUGGGGGCCUGUGGUCUGACAUCCUCUAUUCUGUCCAUUUUCACUAUAGUCCAUCCCUGGCUCAAACUCAAGCCCUGAACUACAUAUCUUGUGUUGUGUAGAUAGUGGAAAGGAGAACGUUUGCUCCUCUUUCAGUUUAAUUGCACAUUGAAAGCAGUCUGUUCUGUGUGUGGACAAACUAAAACCUGAUCUGGUUUAUCUGAUUAAAAACAAGCAAAAAGAGCAGUGUUUGGGAGUAAUUUAAAGGAAGAUUUUGGCUAAAAAUAAAAAUUAGCCAUCAUAGGUGUUUAUGCCUUUUUUCGUUUAGACAAACACUAUUUUCCUUAUAUUAAACAAUAUCUGGUCUCUUCACAGUCUUGUACUGACAGUGAAUGGUGCUCGAGAUUUUUAAGCUUCAAAAAGUGCAUUUAUCCAUCCUAAAAGUAAUACAUAUGACUCUAGACUCCAGUUAAUCAAUGCCCUGAAGCAAAGCUAUUUGGUUUUUGUCAGAAUAUUGUCCAUAUUUAAAGAUUUCUUAACUGUUAUUACUUUUAAAGGGAUAGUUCACCCCCAAAAAUGUUAAUUUACCCACCAUUUACUUGCUCUCCAUUGGAUUCAAAUUUUUGAGUUUCCGUUGAACACAAAAUAAUAUAUUUUGAAACAUGUCAGAAACUGGCAGCCAUUGAAAUCCAAAGUAAGACAAAAAUGCUAUGGAAUGAAUGGCAGCCGGUUUCUGACAUUCUUCAAAAUAUCUUCUUUUGUGUUUAACAGAAGAAGGAAAGUCAAAGAGGUUUUGAACAGGGGGAGGGUGAAAUAAUGAUGACAGAAUUUACAUUUUUUGGGGUGAGCUAUGCCAUUAAGGCAGAGACUAGUUACAGUAUAACAGAGACAACUCCAAAAAACAAAUCACCUGUUGUAAACUUAGUCCUACAUUACAUUGUGUAUUGUAACACAUGCAUGCAAGCGAUUUUAUAUUCUUAAAAUCAUCGCCUCAGUUUAAAAAGCAUUUACUAACCUACUGAAAUCACCUUUAUGAUAGAUGGAUACACUUUUUGGAGCUUCAAAUCUCGGGCACUAUUCACUGCCAUAACGGGUGGGAAAAGCCAGGAUAUUGAGUGUAACUGACUAUGAUUGUCUGAAAGAAUUAAGACAUGUUUGUCUAGGAUGGUUUAAAUCUGAUUCAUUUAUGGGAUGAUGUUCAUUUUUGCGUGAUUUAUUCAUUAACAUCUGUUUUAAAUAUCUCUAUAUAAGGGUGUAUUUUUAAGUAUGGAUGUUGUUCUAGUGCUCUUGCAAUUAAGCACAGAACUGUAAAUGGUAAAACCAUAAUUCUCUCUUUCAAGGGUAAAUCUCAUUAAGAAAUGCGAGGAUUUUACUCCAAAACAAUGAAAAGUCUGUGUAAAUUACAAUAGUUUGAGCUUGAAACAGUUGCAGUCAUUAUUGCUCAAUGACACAGACUAGUUCAGGUACGGUUACUGUCUAAAAAAAUCCUUAAUACAGUAUAUUCUCUUUUAAUUCCUUCAUUUGUAAACUUUUGCAAUUUGUUCACAAAUUGAUUUCAAAUUUGCUGGUAAGAUAAUUUGUUUGAGUUUGUGAUUAACAGACUGUCAACCAAAAUGGAUUUGGAAAAUUGUAAACUUAUUGACGUUACUGACUCUUUGUGCUUAAUUUAUCUCAUAACUGAACUGUUAUAAUGCAGAUUUUAUAAUGCAGAUAAAAUGUAUGUAUAUGUAGACUUUAUGGAACUUAACGAUAUUUUGCAACUUCUGAAAGUUAAUGCUAUGCAUCAUGGUUUAAUGAAUGGUGACGAGCUGUGAAUCUAACUUUUAAAAUAAAUAAUGCCUUGAAUUAAA